UUUCAUUCUCAAGCUAAUCAUCAGCUUUAUAUCAAAGAGUUUCCUUUAUUCUUGUGGGUAGACCCAGAGAUUUGCCGGGAAUCGAUUCGUUUUGAGAGAAUCAUUUCAUAUUUACCGCUGGGCCCAUAAAAUGUAUUCUUUCCGGGCUCUUUAUCAAUUUUUGUAAUAUGAAUAACAAUCAGGAGCCAUCUUAUGUGUUUUCUGCCUUUGAGAAGAUCAGCGACGAUGAAAGCGACGACCAUGACAAUAAUAACGAUGAAAUAGAGGGGAAUAACAGCGGAAUCGGCAACUCAAUAGAAGAACUAAGUGAUGAGGAGCCACAGGAUGACGUGAUUCGGAAUUUUAACAUACUCAAGAACAUAAAGUUCAACACUGGAGAUUCCUCAAAGAGGGAUUCUGGCAAUGGAGAUAUUGCUCAUGGCUCCAAAUACCUGAUAGAGUACCUAAAGUACCACCCAGACAAAAGGGCCGGACUAGAUUCCAUCAAGGACGAGUAUACCAGGAAGAAGAGGUACGAGGAGAUAUUCCCGGAAAUGGAACUGACAAAGAGGUUGAGGAUGCUAGACACAACUCAAAUCGCAAUAGAAUCAUUCGCAAACCUGGUAAUGAAAUAUUCUUACCCACCAGGUCCACUUUUACAGCUCAUGUACGACGUUUUCAUAACCCUCCCAGUACCCUCAUUUGAUACCAGAUUGGGCAUAUUCUACGUAUAUAACCAUCUGAUUCAGCUCUUCACCAAUGUCUCAAUGUGGAGUCACCCUAUAUCGUUUACGGACGCUGGUUUAAACCGAUUUUGCAUUCCUGCAAUCGUUUACACAAACAGCAUACAGUGUGGAAAUAUUCAUCGCAUCUGCAACUGUAUCAAUAUCUGGAAACAACGCAGUAUCUAUCCUGUGGAUGUCUGCGAGAAACUAGAAAAUAUGGCUGCAAGCAGUUCAGUCGUAACUGAACGUCACAGCAACUUUACCAUUGGUGAAGAGCUGGGAGAUCUCAAGGUCCUGUACAAUAUAUUGAAUAUGCCUCUCGUUGACAAGGCUUACAACGAGGCAAUCGCAAACUGUGAUGUAGAAGGCAUCAUUACUCCUGGCGAGGAUACCAAGCAUUUGGAUGUCGCCUUGGAGAGUAACAAAGAUUUCCUGUUUAACCAAGCUAGCAGACUCUCUGGGCAAGAACUCAUAAUCCUUCACAGCGCUUCUCUCGACCUCGCAGCUCUGAUUGAGGAGAAUGAUUACAACUUUACCUUGCUCCAAAAGGAAAUUGACAAGCUUGCAGCAUUGUUGGAUGGCAAAUAAGUCACUUGUUUUACUCACUCC